AUAAAUCGUGUCACUUGAAUCGCAUUGACAAAACAAGCAAACUAUCGACAAUAGCAAAAGUUUUAUCGAACAACUGUGUUUUAACGGAGUAAAAUGUUUGGCAAGUUUUACGAUUCAAGUUUUGAUCUUAUCCAAUCGUGGCGUCAAAUCAAACUGAAGAUGGAGUAGUUUCGACUCAUCGAGAACUGAACACGACAUUGCUAGUAGCCAUAUUAAUUGCCAUUGCUCUUAUUAAGAAAACUUUAUCGUGAACGAAAAGACUACAUUUUAUAGAAACACAUUUUCCAACAAGAGUAACCUUUACGUCUACACGAACGAUGGAGUAAAAACUGACCUUGCAUUACAAUUAAGGAAAUGUGUGCGGAUUAGGACUCAAUGAAAUACUAUACACCCAAUAAAACAGAAAUAUGUCGAAUGAUAUGAAUAUGCAAGCCGGAAAGCCCAAUGAGGAAGAAACUGUCAAAAAUGCAGAAGAAGAAGAAGGCAGUUCACCUAUUGACCUGAAUGCGGACGAAUUUGGACAAAUUUAUGGAGGAUGCGAAGGACCAGACGCGAUGUAUGUGAAACUAGUGAGCAGUGAUGGACACGAAUUUAUUAUUAGACGUAAACAUGCUUUGACUAGUGGAACCAUAAAGGCUAUGUUAAGUGGUCCCGGACAAUUUGCCGAAAACGAAACCAAUGAGGUUCAUUUCCGUGAAAUCCCCUCUCAUGUAUUACAAAAGGUUUGCAUGUAUUUUACUUAUAAAGUACGUUAUACGAAUAGCAGUACCGAAAUACCGGAAUUUCCUAUUGCACCUGAAAUUGCAUUAGAAUUAUUGAUGGCUGGAAAUUUCUUAGAUUGUUAAGAUCAAUUAAACAAUACCGGUAAUUAGGAGCAAUUUAGUUUUAAACUUUAAAAAAAUUUUUUUCUUAUGAUUUUACUUUGAGGUUCACUGAUGCAUCGUUACGAUAUUGAAUGCAAUGUUGAAAUAUUUAGUGUCUUAUUUUUGUUGUUGUAAAAAGAAAUAAUUAAAGUUUAUCAAAUGGCAAAACUCACAAACAUAAAUUCGAAAAUUUCUUAAUACUUAUCAAGUGCUAAACAUUUAACAAGCAUUGUAUGAACUUCAAUUAACAAGCAAUUAAAAACUCGUUGCUUAUGUAUAGGAAACAAAUUAUAAUUGACUGCAUUCAUCGCAUAUUUCAAUGAUAUAAUAAACUAUCGUAUUCUGAAUACUUCUGCAUCAAAAAUGUUAAUAUAAUAUUAUAAAUGGCAUCGAAUCGGUACAUUGUACAGUAGCAGAAGUCUUGUGUUUAAUAACAUUGUGUAUUGUUAUAAUUCCAUAGUUAUGUUUUUCCAUUACAUUUAAGAAUAUUUAUUUUUUUCUUUUUCUUUUAUCAACAUCAUAAAUUAUUUCCUGUACAUUAUUCUAUAGCAAAAUUUGUAAUAUCUUAUACUUUGCAAGGAGAAAGUGAUAGCAUGUAGAUUCAUAAAUAACACACAAUACACUUAGAAAAUAGUUGAACUACAAAAUUGAAAUAUAUUAUGUGAUAUAUUGUAAGACAACACGCAACACAAUAAUCUUUUACAGACUCUUUAUAUUUGUGUGCGUGCAACUGUACUUUAAUAUAAUUAAUUAUAAGAAUGCGAAUUGGUUGCUGUUAUUUUUCACUGUUAUUUACCUAAACAAACAAGACA